AAACCAAGCCACCGUUCUUUUUUUAUUAAAAGGCGUUAAAUUUUGUUACCAUACGUGCUUGCCCACAACUAUAUCAAUUAAAUUAUGGAUAUCUUUUAAUGUGAAUAUGGAUUCAACGGGUAUCUAACGCAACAGGUCCACUAGUAGUCAAAAAGGACCCCACAAAAGGACAUGCAUACAACUCUCUCUAGCUAUGCUACUGUAGCUAGCGUGAGUUUGUUGCAAGAGAAGGCACUAGAAAAAGCUACCCGUACCCCCGAUAGUUACUGCCCGUGGCUGCAUAGAUCUGCUAAAACUGGCAAGCUUAAGGUAGCUCCCAGCUGCAUAGUUACUGCCCCCGUCCUAUAUAUAAGCUAGGUGCAGCUUGCUCACCAUAACAAGCCAGCGCAUCUAUCCACCAUGGCCAAGAAGCAGAAGCUCUUCUCCGCCCUGCUCUCCUUCAUCCUCCACGGGACUAGGCCUCCGAUCUCCAGCCGGGUCACUGCCACCGCCAUGACUGAAUCGUCACCGCACCCUUCCUCGCUGCACCACCUCGGCAGAUCCUCACAUCCUCCCAUGGCAGAGAAGAUCGCCGCCGGGCGAACCCUCGUCCUCGACGUCGACGCCGCGCUUCUCCUCCCGUCGUCGUCAUCCCUCUUCCCCUACUUUAUGCUCGUGGCUCUCGAGGCUGGAGGAUACCUACGAGGCCUCGUACUCCUCCUCCUCUACCCAAUCAUCUUAAGCAUGGGCCGCGCCAGCGAUGUGGCAGUGAGGGUGAUGGCCAUGGUGGCCUUCUGCGGGCUGCGCGCGAGCCGGUUCCGUGCCGGCCGCGCCGUGCUACCCAAGUGGUUCAUGGAGGACGUGGCGGCUGAAGGGUUCGAGGCGAUGAGGAUGAGCAACGCCACUGGCGGGCGGAGAGUGUGCGUGACGAGGUGGUUGCCGAGAGUGAUGGUGGAGGGGCUCCUAAGGGAUUACCUCGGCGCCGAGGCUGUCGUCGGAAAGGAGAUGAAGGUGCUGUGGGGGUUCUACACUGGUCUAAUGGAGGAAGAAGACGAGGUGGUGUUGGAAGAGGAGAAGAAGAUCAUGGCGGAGGGUGAUGAUGCUCUGGGAUUCUGCGGGUCGUUAGAGUUUCUCUUGCAUCCUCUUUCACGUUCUUGCAAGGAUAUAUACCUCGCGACAAGAGACGACAGGGCCACGUGGCAGGCGCUGCCGAGGAGCAAGUACCCCAAGGCCGUGGUGUUCCAUGACGGCCGUCUCGCGUUCCGGCCAACCGCUGGCAGCACGCUCGCCAUGUUCAUGUGGCUGCCCUUCGGCGUUGCCCUUGCCUCCGCCCGCCUCACCGUCGCGCUCACCGUGCCAUAUCGAUAUUCCACGCCGAUCCUGGCGGCCACCGGCAUGUCAUGGCGGCUCAAGGCCGGCGAGCGGCCACCGCUGCAGACCGCUGGCGUCGAGCGAGGUUGCCGGCGCGGGCAGCUGUUUGUGUGCAACCACCGCACUCUCCUCGACCCGGUGUACGUGUCAGUGGCGCUGGACCGACCGGUGCGCGCCGUGUCGUAUAGCCUCAGCCGCCUCUCGGAGCUCAUCUCGCCAAUCGGCCGCACCGUGCGGCUGACACGAGACCGCGACGCCGACGGACGUGCCAUGGGCCGACUCCUGGAGAGUGGGGACCUCGUCGUCGUCUGCCCCGAGGGCACCACCUGCCGCGAGCCGUACCUGCUCCGGUUCAGUCCACUUUUCGCGGAGCUCAGCGACGACGUGGUCCCCGUGGGUGUCGCCGUCGAGACGGCCAUGUUCUACCCCACCACGGCGGGGGGCCUCAAGUGCCUCGACCCGUUCUUCUACAUGGUCAACCCGAGGAUGUGCUACACGGUGCAGUUCCUGGAGCGGGUGCGCACGGCGGUGGUCAGGGAGGGGAAGGUGCCGAGCGCCGACAUGGCCAAUCUCGUACAGAAGAAGAUCGGAGAUGCGCUCGGAUACAGCUGCACUAUGCUCACCAGGAAGGACAAGUACCUCAUGCUCGCCGGCAACGACGGCGUCGUCCGCAAAGUAGACGGCAAGUGCUCGUCUGCUCCAGCGGGGAGGACUGACAAGUGACAACUGAUGAUGAAUCAUAUCUACAGCUGUCUAUUUUGUCCUUACAGUUACUCGUCAUGGAUGAAAGUCAUUGCACACAGUUUUUCUUUGUAUAAAACUGGUAUAGGUGACUGUUCAUUUUCUAUAGCAUAUCUACUCCUUCUAAUCCAUGUUAAUUGUGGCUAAUUUAGUACUACAAAGUUGUACUCUACUAAAUUAAUGGAUUGGAGGGAGUAUAAA